GCGGAUAUCUCCAUCUAACACGCUCUCUACAGAGUAUCGCCGCAUCUACUACAAAACAAACACAGCCAUGGGAGGAUCACUAUCGCGGCUUUGGUCCCUAUUUUGGUCUAAGAAGGAAAUUCGGAUUCUCAUUCUUGGACUUGACAAUGCUGGAAAGACCACUCUUCUCUACAGAUUAAAGAUCGGCGAAGUCGUGACUACGAUACCGACCAUCGGAUUCAACGUGGAAUCGGUGACGUACCGAAAUCUCAACUUCAACGUCUGGGAUCUUGGAGGUCAGACAUCUAUCCGUCCAUACUGGCGAUGUUACUAUGCCAAUACCGCUGCGGUUGUUUUUGUGAUCGAUUCUACAGACGUCGAAAGACUUGGUACGGCCGCAGACGAGCUCGCCGCCAUGUUGAAUGAAGAGGAACUCCGCGAGGCAGCUCUCCUAGUAUUUGCCAACAAACAAGAUCAACCUGGUGCGAAGGGCGCAGGAGAAAUUUCGGAAGCACUAAAGCUUGGUGAGCUGCGGGAUAGGAACUGGAGCAUUGUGGCUUGCUCAGCCAUUGACGGUAAAGGUCUGAACGAGGGCAUGGAUUGGCUGGUGCAAACCCUUCAGUCCGAGAACGCAUGA